AUGCCAAAACUGUUACUAAGUCACAUGCGCCGCAUGCGCGGUCGCGUCCGCGGUCCACGCCCAGCCUUGCCUCCCGAAACCCAACGUGUCCACCGCGCGCGCCAGCGGUUGAAGAAGAACGCCGAAGAUAACGACAUCGACGAGCUCAUUGACUACAUUGACGAGCAGAUCCUCGCUCUUGCUAUCAAGUACAAGAAGAGUCGCUCCUACUUCCGGGGUCUAUUCUACCAAGAGGCCAGUAUGCGACGCCGCCGCAACCAGAAGACGAGCUCUUGGUCGGCGUUCCUUUUUUUCCAAGCUCUUCUAGAGAAUAACGGCAAGGACUUCAAAAAUCGCGCGAACGUGGCCAGUCUAGCGGGAGCCAAUGCCGUGUACGCCCAGCUCACCGACGACAAGCGUUGCAUCCUCAUCGCAGAAUUCGACAAGAUCAAGCUCCAAGCUCCCAAGAAAGCGCCCAACCUCACUCCGCGGGCACGGUUGGCGGAGGUCUCGUCGAGUUUUAUAUCAGUUGCUCAGGAGCUUGAUGCCCUCUCCGCCCGCCACGACGUUCACGCUCUUCUUGUACUCACUCGUGGGUCCCUUGAGUUCGCCAUGUCACCAAAGGUCUACACAUCUAGCAAGGGGAUCAAACAAUAUUUUUGGGUGAAUUUUCGGUGCGAUCUCGACGAGUUUGCUGGGAAGAUGGAGGGCAAUAUGAUUGCCAAGAUCCGGAGCAAUCGCAAGAAGUGCAAGCACGACGACAGGAAAGUGAUGGCGAAGAUGCAGAUUCGUAUGGGACUCAAUCAGGCUCUGGUCGAGGCCACCAGUGACAACGGCGCCACGAUGGAGUACAAGCGCUACGAGUCGGCCAUCGUCCGCAGGUACAACGUCAAGCUCGUCGGCUGGGAGCACGACGAGUGGACUAACCCGAGCUACCUAAAGGGCGGGCUCCCUGUCCUGGAGAAGCUGGCCGACGACGUUACCUCCGGCAAGUGCCAAUUCAUCAAGGUCACGCCCGAGGAAAUCGAGGAGCGCAUCCGAUGUAUCGAGACAGGCGAGGCAGUGACCCCCAAUUGCGAGCCACGGCUGCCUUCGGCGCCUCAGUCCUCCAUCUCCCCUGCUGACGCCCCAGCUCCUACUCUGCCCGACGCCUCCGCCUCCGCCGCUGAUACUCCCGCGGAGCCACCUGUGUCCACUGAGCCCCCGCCGGACGAGGCGCAGUCCUCGGAUCCUCCAACUUCGCUCGAGGUACCCGUCCCUGACGUCGUGGCAGCCAUCUUCGCCCGCGUUUUUGGACGGCAGCCCUUGUCUUCCCCUUCUUCAUCAUCUCCCUCGGCCUCAGCGCCCAUUCCACUACCGUCGUCCUCCACCGAGAGCGUCACCGCACAAGUGCAAGAGGGCCAGCCGGAUGAGGCCUCAGCCUCCAAUGACACGACUGAAGGCUCCUCGUCUAUGAGGAAGCGCAAGCGCCGACAGCCGACCGAUGCUGCCAAAGCCCCUCCAGUCAAGUGCACAAAGCCUGCCGACAAGUCGGCUGGGAUGGAUAAGCCGGUGAGGAAGUCGCGCGCGAAGAAGGGGCCAGAUGUCAUCCCGCCGGACGCAGACGCCUGA